ACAUCUAUAAAUACAAUUUCAGAAUUUCACUUUGCAAAAGGGAAAAUAAGAUACUCUCUGUUUCAUUAACCUUUUCUUUCUCACUUCCACUUAAAUCUCAUUUAAACCCACACCUUUCCCACUUCAAUGCUUACAACAUGUUAAAACUCUCUGACCCAUCAAUCAGAUCAAACUCACACCCAUCUUUUUCCUAAAAUUAAAUAAAUAUUCUCUUGCUCUCAUUUAAUCUGGACUCAAUUUCCGAUCGAGAAAUAAAACCCAUCUCGAUUUAUUAUUUCUUUUAAUCCCAUUUGUUUAAAAAAGACGAUACAUUUUUCGUUUUGAAAUGCUUGUGUCGGAUUACAACAUGUUGUGUCCGAAAAUGUCACUAUCAACAACGGAAUUAGUAUUUAAACUUUAAACCCAUCUUUCUUCAAAAAAAAAACUUUUUCUAUUUUUUUCGCCUGUUUUUUCCUUAAUAAAUCAGAAAUGGGCAGAGCAAGUAGAUGGUUAAAAUCAAUUUUAGGCCUUAAAAAUCAAAAUGACAAAGAAAAAAUGACUAAAUCUAUGAAAAAUGAAGAUGUAAAGAGAGAAAAAAGGGGUAAAAUUGAAGGAAGAUGGAGUUUUACAAAGGCAACAAAAGAGAAUGUUAGAGAAAAGGAAAAAGAUCGGUACAGAAAUCAUACAUGUGAUUCAGAAAAAGAGCAAACUAAGCAUGCUAUUGCUUUAGCUGCUGCAACCGCUGCUGCCGCUGAUGCGGCGGUGGCUGCGGCUCAAGCAGCGGUUGCUGUUGUUAGAUUGACUAGUCAUGGAAGGGGAGCUCUGUUUUCUAAUGGUGGAAAAUAUGUAUGGGCUGCUGUUCGGAUUCAAACCCAUUUCAGGGGAUAUUUGGCCCGGAGAGCACUUAGAGCCUUAAAAGGCUUAGUAAAAUUACAAGCUCUAGUUAGAGGCUAUCUUGUUAGAAAGCGAGCUGCAGCAACUCUUCAAAGUAUGCAAGCUCUCAUCCGAGCUCAAACGGCUGCGCGUUCUCAAAGGAUUAAUCAAGUCCUUGGUCGAACGAACAAGUUUCAAUCGGAUUUUCGAGCACGAAACUCCAUGGAAAGGUUUGAUGAAGCAAGAAAUGAUCAAUUCCAUAGCAAGAGACUAUCAACAUCAUAUGAGCCUUACAACAAUAACCCAUUUGAAGGGAGUCCAAAAAUUGUUGAAAUUGACACAUAUAACAAGCCAAAAUCUAGGUCUAGGAGGAUCAACCCAUCAUUAUAUGAUUUUAGUAGUGAAGAUAUGCUACAAUGUCCUAACCCUAGUCGGGUCUCCAUACCCAAUUGUCAAAACACCCAUCGAGACUAUGAUUGGAGCUUUCUUGGCGAUGAAUGCCAGAUCUCAACAUCCCAAUGUAAAUCUCGAUUUACAAAUUCAACCCGCUCAAAUGCUCCCCUUACCCCCACAAAAAGUGUAUGUGGGGAUAGUUUCUUUAGGCCUUACUCCAAUUUCCCAAGCUACAUGGCGGACACACAAUCGUUUCGAGCUAAACUAAGGUCCCAAAGUGCCCCGAAACAAAGGCCUGAAUCGCGGCCCAAGAGUAGGCUAUCAUUGAAUGACAUAAUGGGUGCUAGAUAUAGCAUUAGUGGUGUUAGAAUGCAAAGAUCUAGUUCAAUAGUUCAAGACUAUCCCUUGAACUUGUUAUGAAAUGUUUAAACUAAGAUAUUGACACUCUCUCUUAGUAUCAAAUCUCUAUUAUGUUGUUUAGUAGGUCAGUAUUACCCUAUGCAACUGAAUACAGGGUGCUUGUGUAUAUUCUAGAGAAAACUUAUUUUUAAUAGUUAAUGAAAAUGAGAAUUUUUUGUCUUUUUUAAUCUCAAAUUAUUGUACCUUAUUCUA